AUGUCUUCCACGCCUAGGGUCAUUGGCCACAGAGGCUUCAGACUGAUGUUUCCGGAAAACACGCUAUUAGCAUUCAACGAAGCCAUCAAGAGCGGCUCCACGCUCAUCGAGACCGAUGUCCAGAUGUCGAAGGACGGCGUGAUUGUCAUAUCCCACGACCACCAGACCAACAGAAGCUUUGGCGAGCCAUUGAUCAUCCAGGAUGUCAACUACGCCGAGUCUUUACUGGCGCUCAAGACAGUGGCAGAACCGCGCGAGUCGAUUCUCACCUUUGCCAGAUUGUUGCAAUGGGCCAUCAAGAAGCAUGAGGACAACGUGCCUGUCAAGUUCAUGUUGGAUAUCAAGCCGGUCAACAACCCCAAGAUCGUCUCUGUGAUUCUUGAGAACCUCGCAAAGACCGGCAAGUCGUUGGACUAUUGGCACGACAAGAUCAUUUUCGGCUUCUGGACCGAGCCGUACCUCCGCUAUGCCCACGAACACCACGCCGAAGACUUGGCUCUGUUUGAGAAGUUGAUCAUCUCUGUCUCCCCUGCGAUUGUCGCUGACUUGCUCGAGGUAGUGGAUACGCUUCCUAUGGUUGGCAGAACCAAGUUCAAAAUUGAUUCCGUCUCAUUGUUGUUCAUAAGCACCUGUGGCCCGCAAUUUCCUGGCUACUUCCGCGAGUACAAGAGACGUGGUAUCAACUUGUACACCUGGACGGUCAACGCCGCCGAAGAUGCCUCUUGGUCGUGCAGGUUGGGUGUUUCUGGCAUAAUCACCGAUAACGUGGACGCCAUCAGAGACGCGGUCCAAAGCGGAAAAAUGCGGGAGCCGGUACAGGACAACGUCUUGGAGCCGUACCUCUUUCCAUCAUUACUCACAAGCCAGGGAGUUCGGAAAUACGGCAGAUUCUGUACCUUCAAGGUGUUUGAGAGCAUCAAGUACUAUAAUCUUUCCGGUGUCGGUGUGGGACCGUACAAUAUUGGGGCCGCCAUUCAUGGGGUUUCGCGUGCUUUUGGUGUGAUUUAA